AUGUUAGAGCAAUUUACUGCCAUGCGAGAUUUAUACAUAAAAAAUGGACAGGGAUUUGCGCUGUGCUACGCUAUAACGUCCCAAUCCUCGUUCAAUGACCUCUUAGAGCUGCACCAACAGAUUCUUCGCGUCAAGGAUACCAGUGAUGUACCCAUGAUCCUUGUAGGAAAUAAAUGUGACGUGGAGCCUGAAAGAGUUGUUGGUCGUGAACAAGGCCAAAACCUUGCCUCACGAUGGAAUUGCUCUUUUAUGGAGACAUCCGCCAAGGCUAAAGUAAACGUGAACGAGGUAUAUGUGCAGAUUAUCGAAUAA